CCGCGUUCCGGUUCCGGUCGGUUGCCCUGGAGACGCGGAUACACAGAGAAACGGAUCUCCUCUGAGGCUGAGCCGUCCCGGUGGCCGCUCUCUCCUUGGACUCGCAGGCUGUGUGCCGACGAGCUGGUGUCGCCGCCGAGUUUCUCGAGGGCAGAGCGCGGCUACGGACGCCAUGAGCCAGAGGCAGGUGCUGCAAGUGUUCGAGCAAUACCAGAAAGCUCGGACCCAGUUCGUGCAGAUGGUGGCGGAGCUGGCGACCAGACCCCAAAACAUCGAGACGCUGCAGAACGCGGGUGUAAUGUCUUUGCUGAGGCCUCUUCUUCUGGAUGUGGUCCCAACAAUUCAACAGACUGCAGCUUUGGCUCUUGGGAGACUGGCUAAUUAUAAUGAUGACCUAGCAGAAGCAGUUGUGAAGGGUGACAUUCUUCCACAGCUUGUUUAUUCACUGGCAGAACAGAAUCGUUUUUAUAAGAAAGCAGCUGCCUUUGUGUUACGAGCAGUUGGUAAACAUUCUCCUCAGCUAGCUCAGGCAAUAGUUGAUUGUGGAGCACUGGAUACAUUGGUGAUAUGCUUAGAAGAUUUUGACCCUGGAGUCAAGGAGGCUGCAGCCUGGGCACUUGGAUAUAUUGCGAGACAUAAUGCAGAACUGUCACAAGCUGUGGUGGAUGCAGGAGCGGUUCCUCUUUUAGUACUCUGUAUCCAGGAGCCAGAAAUUGCUUUGAAAAGGAUUGCUGCUUCGGCCCUCAGUGAUAUUUCAAAGCAUUCUCCAGAGUUAGCACAGACAGUAGUGGAUGCAGGAGCUAUUGCCCACUUAGCCCAGAUGAUCCUGAAUCCUGAUGCUAAAUUGAAGCGUCAGGUCCUUUCAGCUCUCAGUCAGAUAGCAAAACAUUCUGUGGAUCUGGCAGAAAUGGUGGUUGAAGCAGAGAUUUUUCCAGUUGUACUUACCUGUCUGAAGGACAAAGAUGAAUAUGUGAAGAAAAAUGCUUCUACUUUAAUUAGAGAGAUUGCAAAACAUACACCCGAGCUUUCGCAGCUGAUAGUUAAUGCAGGAGGAGUUGCCGCUGUGAUUGAUUGUAUUGGCUCCUGCAGAGGAAACAUAAGGCUGCCUGGCAUCAUGAUGCUGGGUUAUGUAGCGGCCCACUCUGAGAACCUGGCAAUGGCAGUGAUCAUUUCCAAGGGUGUACCCCAGUUGUCAGUCUGCUUGUCAGAAGAACCAGAAGAUCAUAUUAAGGCUGCUGCUGCUUGGGCCUUAGGACAGAUUGGGAGACACACUCCUGAACACGCACGGGCUGUUGCAGUCACAAAUACUUUGCCAGUUCUGCUUUCUUUGUACAUGUCAACAGAAAGUUCUGAGGAUCUUCAAGUAAAAAGUAAAAAAGCUAUAAAGAAUAUCCUACAAAAAUGCACCUAUCUACCAGCUCUUGAACCAUUUCUGUAUGAUGCUCCUCCCAAUAUUCUGAAGCAUGUGGUUGGACAGUUCAGUAAGGUGCUGCCACAUGAUAGCAAAGCACGACGACUUUUUGUAACAAGUGGUGGACUUAAAAAGGUUCAAGAGAUAAAAGCAGAACCUGGAUCUCUCCUUCAAGAAUACAUCAACAGUAUUAAUAAUUGUUACCCAGAAGAAAUAGUAAGGUAUUAUUCCCCUGGAUAUUCAGAUACACUUCUGCAGAGAGUGGACAGCUAUCAACCACUUAUUAACUAAGCAAAAUUAUGUUUUUAUGCUCAAAUUCACAGCAGAAAAUUUAUGAUUAACAAUUGUUAAAGCUCUUAAUAUUUGAGCUAAAUACAUUCUAGAUUUAUUCAACGUGAAAUACAUUUAGGUAAUGUUUUCUAAAUUUAUACAAUACUUUAAAAAUUAGUAACUUCACUGUAUGAGGAACUAUUCAUGGCUAUUUGCAUAUAUAGGAUUUGCUCUUAAGGUAGAUUAAAAAAAGAUACUAAAGGCUUUUAAGGUAUUUGUUAUUGUUCUAGUAAAAAAUCACACCUACAUGCACACACAUACACACGCGUGUGCACAUGUAUACACACACAUCAUACACACACCCCUCAAUGAGAUAUAGAUAAGAGAUGGUGUUCAAAAAAUCCUUAGUUAUUACGGCCAAUUCCUUAUAUGCACAGCAAAACUGGCUUUGUAAAUUCCACACUAGGACAUAGGGGGGAAAUAGUUGAAAGAGGAAAGUGAUAACAGGGAUACAUCAUGUACUCUGAUGCUGGUUACAUAAAUGCAUUAGCCUAACACAAACUCUCUGGAUAAUUUGUUCAGUUUUCCUAAGAACUUAGGAAGACCCUACUCUUCAUCACAAGUUUUCCACACACUCUUCAUCUUCCCCUACCUGUUCCUUACGUUCAUGAGGCUGGAGAGGGUAGAAGUCAGUAUUAAGCAUCAUACUACUGCACACACACUUUCCAUCUUCAUCGAAAGGUUUCUCAGUCCAACUUUGUGAAGAAACAAGGAAGCAGCCAUGAAAAAUGGUCCUCAGUAUUCCCCUGUCCUAUCUUCACUUCCCCAAGUUUCAAAAGUCACAUUCUCAGGGAUUAAAGGAAUUAUUUGAAAAGAAUACCAUCAAGCUUAGACUUCACAUGCAUGUUCACUUAGGAAGCUGUAUGGAGGUGGGGGAGAAUUUCAAUAAAAUUUAAAUAAAAACCGCAUUAGAAUUGUUUCAUUUUUCUUAUCUAGUGUGUUUCUGACACUGGAGGAUUUGUGAUAAAUUCAGGGGUCUUGGUUAGAUGGUAUGUGUGUGUCUUUUGAUCUAAAGAGACAUUACUUAAAGUGAUCUCUCCGGGGGGCCUGAAGAGGAGGUGACUGUAUGACCCAGAGGGCCCCUUGGCCACAGUGUUUCUAGUUUGGCCGUUUUCAGGUUUCCUUUUUGAACUCACUCCCUCUCUCUUUUUUUCCCUCAAAACAACCUACCCAUUUGUUUUAGUAUUGUCUGGGUUCUUCUC